CCACCAGGUGUUUGCAGUGUGGCACCAUCUGACACAACUAUUCACAGAGGCACGACACCAUUAAGCGUCAUCUGGGGCUGCGGUGGCCGCGGAAGGCGAAAGGUGUGCGAGGAGGCAUCAUGAAACUGCAGCGACAUUUGGGAGUAAACCCGGCGGCUUUGGCUUAUGCCAUGACCACUCUGGGAGCUGCCAUGAUCAACAACAUAUUCAACUUCUACUACGUUAAGCUCUUCAUCAGCAAGUACCAGAUAUCCGAGGGGGCUUUCCACAAAUCUCAAGUGGUGUACAUGCUGUGGAAUGCCAUCAAUGAUCCUCUCUUUGGAUACCUGCAAGACAACUCCAAAAUGGCGUGCUGCUCUCAGCGGCGGCUCUCCAUCCUGUAUGGCGCCCCGCUCUACUCCUUGGCAUUCCUCAUCGCCUGGUUCCCGUGGAGGUCCUACUCCCCCAGUGACUGGCUGUGCGGCGUCCACUUGACAGUGGCGUUGUGCGCCUUCGACGGCUUGCUCACGUUUGUGCUGCUGGCGCAGUGUGCCCUGUUCGCCGAGAUUUCCAGCCAGCAUCAGAACCGACUGAGACUCAUUAAGUACAACCAGGUGGCGUCGCUGCUGGGCUCCUCAAGCGUGCUCUUCUGCGGCAUGCUGUCCCAGAAUAUGGAGGACUUGGCAGCCUUCCAGGCGUUCGCCGUCCUCGUGGCCAUCCUGAGCUGCGUCUGCAUGAUCUACACGGGCCUCCACAGCCAGAGCCAGUUUGACGACAAAGCGUCCGACGACUUAGACGAGCCCGCUUCCAGCUGCUCCGAGUCUUCCACCUACACUGUGAAAAUGCUGACCUGGCAAAUCCUCAUCAACAGGGACUUCCGGUUCUUUGUGCUCAUGAACUUUUUCCAGGUCUUCAUGCUGGCGUUCUUCAGUAAUUUUACACUGAUAUUCACCGAGCACUUGAUUCCCCCAGACGUGCUUUCGCCACUGGCCAGGAGCGUCAUGUACGGCGCGGGAUUCAUUUGUCCUCAGCUGUUAGUGUUGACCUGCGACAGACUUCUUCACAACCUCGGCUACUACAGAAUCAUCCUGUACACCUUCUACUUGGAGGUCUUAAUGGGGGCUUCUAUGCUGGCCCUCGGUGCUCAGAAUUAUCGUAUCCUGGCGUUAUUCCUCACCCUCAGCAUGGUCACGGUGCAAGCCACCUUCAGUCUGUUCGGCUUGCCACUGGCAGAUAUUAUCGACGUCGACAUGCACAAGUACAAGCGCAGCUCCCCUCUGUCAUCCAUGGUGUUUGGGACCAACGCCCUGUUCACUAAGCCCGCUCAGUCUCUCGCGCCCAUGUUGGUGAUCAACAUUCUCAACCAGUUUGGCUACGAGCAGCUGAAGGAUGCCGGGCGGGACGUCGACGUGAGAGCCGCGGAAAGCCUCCACAGCGUCAUGUUCUACUUGGUGUGCACGGUGCCCAUGUGUGUGGCCGCCGUUCAAGUCCUGGCUUGGAGGCCCUUCUCCAUACGCAACAGUCACACCGUAGACAGCAGGUACGCCGACAGCUAGUGAGAAAACGACCCACCCGCCUCGAUCGGGCCGGAUCGUUGCGGAGAAGCGGCGCCGGCCAGCGUGUUUUCAGAUGCAACUAUUUGACUGAGUCACAAGACCACGUGAUCAGCGGCAGAGUCUGUUGACUUUUGCCUCAGCAGAACCAAGCAAGAUUCAUGAGCCUCACGGGUUGGAGGCCAAGCACUCUGGCGUGAUGCGGCUGGAAGCUCGGCGCACCUCGACACGAUCUGUGCUGUGAUGCCCGUGGGCGGUCAACUUGUUCAAAUUUUAGAUGUUUUGUUGCCUUUGGGGCAUAUUUGUCCAGGAAACGCCCAUUGUUGCAUUCUAGACAUUAAAUUUAAUAUUUUCUACCCCCACGUCAUGGUUGUGGGUCAGAAAGAUUUCUGACGCUGCUGUGGUGCGCGUUCGUAGUGGAGAAUGCAACCCAACGCACCUUGUCUGACAUGUACAAUGAUCAACUGUCAAGUGUCAAGGAGCAAAUGACAAGCACAAGUUGGCUUUUGUCUUUUAUUUAAAAAAUGGUUUACUCUUUACCUCUUUCCUGGUAGUUCUAUUUGUGCUCACAUAGUGGAUCUAAAAGUCAGACCUAUUUCAAAUGAGUAAUCAAAGUAUGUGAUUGAGGCUUUACUUCAGAUGUAUACAUCAAAUUUUUAGUUAGUUAUUGUUUUAGGUGUGUGGUUUUUUUUCUUGGGGGGGCGGAUUUUGCAGUUUUGAAGUGAAACUUUUGCCCUUUGUAAUGAUAUUAGGAAAUAAUAAAGAUGCCACUUGCUUCGGCAGACGGGCUCAACUGC